AUGAAAUUAGUCUUUGACGGAGAGCACCAGAAUUUUUAUCCGUUUCCACCUGAAAAGCAGCCAGUUGAAGUUCAAAUCAACUCGUCUAUCGCUGACGCAACUCGAGCCUAUACACUCCAAGUUAGUCAACCCAGCGUUGUGGUAUCCGUUGGAAUCGGAGCGGAUGUUCAAGUAGAAGAGAAACUCAAAGAACUGCUACCAGAGGGUUCUGAAUUUUUCGGAGCCGAUCCUGUCAGGGUUCCCAAUGAAGCACUCUACAGCAAAGUGGGAACGUUCUUCCCGUACGCCAUCAGUGUUCACAGUGGUUUUCACCCAUCGCAGAUUCGCCUCGAUGACGGCCUAUACAGGUCGACGGUCGUGGAAAAUGUAGAUAUGCUGACGUUUCUAGUGGAAAUAGUUCAACGUGAAUUUGUCGACCAUAUGAUUAUGGACAACGAAGGACCCGAGUAUGAUAUCGUACCGAUGAUGGCCGUAGAUAAUUUGUUUCCCGACAACAAUAUCGUCGUGUGUCAUAUGAAUGUUGAGCCACAAGGAAGGGUGGCAGCCGGUGCACCAGAAGCCUCUUUAGCAGAGCUACCACCGGAUUUCAGGGAAAAUCACUCCUGA